AUGGCUCCCUCAAGGGCAAAGUCCUUUUCCUACCUUUUUGUGCUGGUGGUGGGCAUCGUCCUUUGCGUCUUCGCGUCACCUGUAUUCUCCAAAUCUCUGGCCUCGCAACCUUCUCCCAAUGCAGAUGUUGAACUCAUCUGCCACACAGACAACGCCAAGGAUUGUUACCCGAAAGUAUUCCAGCCGACUGAUGAAUUCCAGAUCGUCCAUGAUGAUCAAGAACUGCCUCAUGGACUCCACGUUCGUCUGAAUAUGUCGAAUGGCAAGAAAGAGGCCAAGAUCAACGUCCCUGACGAGGGAAACCCUGCACUUGAAGGCCUCCCAGUUGAUCAAGCAAUCGUUGUCGUGGACCAGGGACAUACAGAAGAUCCUCAAAUUCCCAAAGGUGCACCGGCCUACGAACCCAUCGGUAAAAUCAAGGAGCCUCAGGGUGAGGAGUUUGUCGGUAAACCAUUCUUCACAGCCAUCAAAAUGUUGAAGGCUGGGGAGACCGACGGUGGCAAGGAAUUUGACGAUGCCCUCGAAGGAAUGGAGGAACUAUCACACGACAUCUACUAUGGUCUCAAGGUCACAGAAGACCCGGCCGUCUUGAAGGCUUUAUUCUGCAUGAUGGCUGAUUCAGAUGUUGCCUACCCUGCGGACAUCACUCCUCGAGACCAUCAAGCAGCUGCCAUCCUUGGAGCCUCCUUGCAGAACAACGCAGCGGCAUUGAAGGAGGUUACGAAACAGUGGACAGGCCUGAUGGAGGCGCAGUGCCCAAGAACUGGCAAGUCCCUCAAGGACUCUUUCUACUCGCCCCUCGUACCCGCUCAUGUUCCAACCUCCAUCAACACAAAGACCCUAGCCUCCAAAGCGAAAGCAAAGGUUGGAGCCAUCAACGGUCUCAUGAAGAGCGAUAUCAUCCGAGCAGAAUUUCUAAAGAAUGACGGCAUGAAGCUGCUGCUUGAGGUACUCGUUCCUCAGGGCAAAGAGUGGGAGACCACACAGCGCAAGGUCGGACAGCUGGUUCUUGACACUUUCUUGGACGAAGACAUGGGUGCCAAGCCUGGCCAAUGGCCUCGUACAGAGCGAACCAGCGAUGCCAAGUGCCGAGUGUAUGAGACGAGCGCCGAUGAGGGCUGCUGGGACUACCACGUUGCGAGGAUAUUGAAGGAGAACAAGCGGGAUAGUGGCCAUUGGAGCCGGGAUCUUCAUGAUCGGCUUGCGGUAUUGAGGAAGAACGGCAAGUAUCCUCUUCGUGUUGAGCUGUAG